AUGCUCGCCCCUGUAAUACGUGGUACUUGUGCCCCCGUAACUGCUGGCGUAGACGCAGAAAACGAUGAAGUAUUGGGUACAGAUGAAAAGUUAGGUAAGCAAGAUAAAAAUGUGGGUGCAUAUACUGGUGUAGUGGGCGCACUGACUGGUGGAAUUGCUAGCAUAUCAGGCUUGAAAGUACUUGGGAGAACAGGCAAACUCGGCUGA